UGACACCUCAAACCCUUUAUCAUCUAACGAUCAAAGCCACAAUCCAAGCAUAUUUUCUGAUAUCUUCUUCGAUCCGUUCCCCCUAUAUAAAGAGGUCGUCGUGGGAGCCCAUCUGUUAACUCAAGAUAGUGAGUCGAGCCUCGCAUCACACCAUCACACAUAUAUUGGCUAUCCUUACUACAUAUAUCGCUCAAACAAUUCACGUUUUUUCCGACUAACGAUGGACAUGGUGAUGAAGUUAGGGACUGAGCAUCCAGUGGUGAUAUUCAGCAAAACCAGUUGCGGCAUAUCCCAUACCGUAACAACACUUAUCCGUGGAUUCGGGGCGAAACUUGUGAUCCAUGAGCUCGAUGAGCUCCCAAAUGGACAUGAAAUAGAGACGGCAUUGAUGGCUUUAGGGUGCAACCCUAGCGUGCCGGCCGUGUUCAUAGGGAAGCAAUUCAUCGGUGGAUCGAAUGAGAUCAUGAGCCUCUAUAUAAGGGGCAAGCUCAAGCCAUUGCUCAUCAAUGCUAAUGCUAUAUGGAUAUAGAGGAAUUAACUGUGAAAAGGUUAAGUUCUUAAUGUGCUAUAUGCCAUAGUUUUUUUAUGGCCUACAGUAGUCCAUAUUAGUAUGGGGGCUUCUGCUUCAGCUUCUGUAAUUAUUUCUCUUUCGGUUUAUGACAUAUGCAAGAAGUAGUAAUUCUCUUUCUUGCAAGAGUUUCCAUGAUCACCAGGUUGCAGUAAUAUGACAGUAUACAUAUAUAUAAUUAACCAAA